AUGCUAACAGCAUUAAGUGGUUACAUAUAUGGACAAUCAUCAGAUAAAUUUACAUUUGAUAAAAGUAAUAACUUUCCACAUAACUUUGAUUAUGUCGGGAUGAGAAGAAUGCAUGCAGCUAUAGGAUCGUUAAUUUCAUUAUUUGCUUUUUUAACUUUAAGAAACUUUAAGUUUAGUAGAAAAAGAAGUUUUCUAGGAUCAUUAAUCAUAAUUUUUGAUAAUGGAUUUACUACUAUAUGCAGACUGAUAAUUCUAGAUGCUCAUCUUUUAUGUUUUACUUCAUUUAUUUUACUAGCAUUUAGUUAUUAUUAUAAAACUAAAGGAUCUAUAUUAUCACAAUUAUUACUUGGAGUAGGUCUUGGAUGUGUUGUUUCUGUUAAGUGGCUAGGUUGUCUUACAAUGUUGUAUGUUGGAAUAUUUAUAAUAUAUGAGCUAUAUAUGGAAAGUAUUACAAAAUCAGUUAAAAAUGUUUUAAAAUUUUUAGUUCAAAGAAGUAUGUUUUUAAUAGUGAUACCACUACUUAUAUAUUUGUUUAGCUUUUAA